CCAUUAUUUGUCGCACGAUACCCAGUUGGAAUAAAUUAUCAUGUAAUGACCAUACUUUCAGAUAUUAAGUCAAAUGAUGGUCAUAUAAUAGGUAUCUAUGGCCCUAGUGGAAUUGGUAAGACAACAAUCGCAAAAGCUAUUUUAUAGAAUUUGUGAUGAAUUUGAUGGAUUUUGUUAUCUAGAAAAUUUAAGAGAAAGAUCGGGGACAAAUGCUGGUGUAAUCGAACUACAAGAGACACUUCUUUUUGAGAUCUUAAGGAAUACAAAUUUAAAGGUGGGUAACAAAUCGAGAGGAAUCAAUAUGAUAAAGGAAAGACUUUCAUUUAUGAGGAUCCUUUUAGUUCUUGAUGAUGUGGAUAAACGGAUCCAAAUAGAAAAUUUGCUUGGAAGAUGUGAUUGGUUUGCUUCUGGAAGCAAAAUCAUUAUAACAACAAGAGACAAACACUUGGCAGCUACUCUUGGAAAUUGUUGUUCAACCUACUCGGUUAAGGAAUUAGAUCAAGAUGAAGCUCUUGAACUUUUUAGUAUGCACGCCUUCCAAAGCAACAAACCCAAAGAUGAUUAUUUGGAACUUGCAGACAGAGUUAUACAAUAUGCCAAGGGAUUGCCGUUGGCUCUAGUAAUAAUUGGUGCUGAUUUGUAUGGAAGAACUAAACCUGAAUGGAGAAGUGCAGUAGAAAAGUAUGAAAGAAUUCCUAAUGAAGAAAUAAAAAAAAUACUUGAAAUAAGUUAUGUAGGAUUGGAUAAAACUGAAAAAGAUAUUUUCCUUGAUAUUGCAUGCUUCUUUGAGGGAUUUCCUAAGGAGUAUGUCAUUGAUAUACUGGAUGCUUGCAAUUUAUAUCCAAUUCAUGGAAUUCAAAGACUUAUCGAUAAGUGCCUAAUAACCGUUGGUCAAUAAGAUAAAUUGUUGAUGCAUGACUUGCUACAACAAAUGGGUAGGGACAUUGUUCAACGGGAAUCACCAAACUUGCCUGGAGAGUGCAGUAGGCUAUGGUGUUAUGAGGAUGUUCAUAAAGUACUAACACAAAAUAUGGGAUCAGAAAAAAUUCGAGGCAUAAGGAUAUGCUCACCUGAAUCAUCAAAGAUGAAAUUAGAACCUAAAUGUCUUGAAAAGAUGAAAAAUCUCAAGUUCCUCAUAGUUAGUAAUGUAGAUAUUUGUAGAGGUCUCAAAUAUCUUCC